CUUCACCUGUCUUUGAUGAUAAAGAACGAACGAUUGACAUGUAUAUAACAAGGUUAUAGUCACUGUAAAGCCGCCUCAACUAUAGCGAAAAUCAAGAUGAUUGAUUUCGAAUUUCAGCCGUUCAAAUUUGAUGGAAUAUGUCAAACAGUUGCUUUAACGUUGUGUCCUUUAAUUGGAACAUUCGAUGGCAUUGAACCGUUAUGUUACUCCAGAAAUGUGGAAGCUGCAGGCAUUUUGAUCUUCCAGCCCGCGACCUUAAUAAUGAAUAUCAUUGCAAUGUGUAUGACGGGAAUAAUGAUAUAUCACGUUAAAACGAAAUAUACAGCUGUUGGUCGAAAAGAAAUUGCCAUGUUCUUCCAACUAUAUUUGGUGUCUACAUUCCUGGAGAUGUUAUUGGUCACAAACAUCAUUCCUACAGCGUCUAAAUUGUAUCCUUAUUUUACAGCUGUUCAUUUAGGUUUAAUUAGCGCAUUAUUAUGGUGCUUGUUAAUAAAUGGGUUUGUUGGCUUUCAAUUUGCAGAAGAUGGUACACCAGUCAGCUUAUGGUUUAUGCGCUUAAGCACCCUCGGAGUGUUCGUCGUAGUUGGAUUCCUUGCUAUUGCCACUUUUCUCAACAUCGGGCCGUUCACCUAUACUCGACCUACUGAGCUAUGGGUCAUCUAUUUUAUAUUGAACGGCACAAUGUUGCUUGUCUAUACCGUAUCUCAAGUCUUUUUGGUAGCUUACACAUUAGACGAUCGUUGGCCACUAGGAGAUAUUGCUUUUGGUGUUCUUUUCUACCUCACUGGUUUGAUUACAGUGUACAUUUUUUCAGUCACCAUAUGUGACCAAAUGAAGCAUUAUUUGGAUGGUCUUUUCUUUGGCACAAUGUUCAAUCUGCUGUCUGUGAUGAUGAUCUAUAAAUAUUGGGACUCUAUAACAAAGGAAGACCUUGAAUACUCGAUAGAUCAGAGAAUUACAACCUGGGAAUUGGAGGCAUUAUUGAAAGAUGAAGAGAGAUAUAAAGUACAACCUCAGUAUUGAAUAGACCAAUAAAGCCCUGUGUGUGCCUAGCCAUUCUCUUACAGUCCAACUGAAAUGAAUAAAAGCUAGCUAGCUCAUCAAGUGAUAUAGGGUCAUUUCAAGCAUCCUUCUGAAUAGAUUUAUUUUUUUAUCUGGUAUACUCGUGUUUUAAGUUUAUUUUUCCCGAUGAGUUUUUUACUGUAUAGAGUUGUCUGGUUAUAU